CUCUCUCCAGGGGGAGUGUCGGCUUCUCUCUCUCCCAGUAGCAGCUCACACAUCUGAGGAGCGCAGACAGAAUAGCGGACGAGUCUAGAGAAGUGAAGAAGAUAAAAUAGUGGAAACUCUCCCACCGCGUGGAUUAAGACAAACAGAGCAGAGCCAAGACUGAAAGAAGAGAAGGUCCCAAGGAGGAAUCAUCUGGGAAACUGACUGGAAACUUUAGAAAAAGAGACAGAGAACUAUUUUAAAAGAGCUCCUUAUCAGACAGAGAAGAGCUGAGGAGGAGACCACAUUCACUGAAGAGUUCAAUCUUCUCAGGAGCCCUGGAGGAUAGAAAGUGAGAGACUGUGAGGGCUUACUGGAAUACAGAAAACAAAGCAUAAACAGACUGACAGCAGUUAUGGUGUUUCCUAACAUGCAGCUGAAGUGGACUCUUCUUCUUUUGGGUCUGUUCCUGGUGUCCAGUGAAUCGUGUCAAAAGGGAUUUGAUGGAAAAACUGGCGCCUGUGUUGAUGCAGAUGAGUGUGUGAGGGAUCCGAGUGUGUGUGGCGAUAACGCUCGGUGUUUCAAUACACAUGGAAGUUACUACUGCAACUGUAAUGAAGGAUUUCAGGCAGAAACACACAACUUCACCCAAGAAACAGGACAGUGUAGAGAUAUCAAUGAGUGUCUUGAGGGAAAACAUGAAUGCCCAGGUAUUAUGAAGUGUGUGAACAACAUCGGCUCGUACAAUUGCUCGUGUCCCAAAGGAUACAAGCCAUCAAGACUAGACGGAGAUUGUGAAGAUGAGGAUGAGUGUUUGUCCUCAGUGUGUGGAGAUCACAGCAGCUGCUUUAACACAGCUGGCAGUUUCCACUGCAAUUGUUCUCCAGGGUUUGUCAAACGAGAGAACAGCACCUGUGCAGACAUCAAUGAGUGUUCAGAUCGACAUAUUUGCGGCACAAAUGCACAGUGCUACAAUGUAGAAGGAAGCUACAGCUGUGUAUGUAACCAGGGUUACAGUAACUAUGGCAACAAACAGUCAAAAUGCAUUGAGAUGAGCUGCGACCACUUUAAAGCAGAGUCUGACACGGAGAGUGCAUCUGUAAAGUUGAAUCAUUUACUGGCUCUGUUGAGGAGCAGCUGCGAGUCUCUGCGAAAUGCUAAUGUUAGCCGUAAGACGGGAGAGCAGUUACUGGAGAAUGUGUUCACUUCCUCUGAUGAGCUGCUGUCUGAAGGAACCAUCGCUGACGGUGAGACACUGAAUCAGUUUCUGGAUGCGGUGGAGAACAGCAUGCGUCUGAUCGGACCUCAGCUGAAAGAGCCAGUGACCAGGAUGGAGACACACAACACCUUUGCUGAGUUUGCAGUCAUGCGGGGUCAGACUCCGCCCAGUGGGCGUGUCACUCUGAGCACAGACUCCGCCCUCUUCAACACCAGCUGGGAAACAGUUGUAGGGGAAUCAUAUCCAGGUUUUGCGUUUGCGGCUCUGGUCAGUUAUAAAGAUCUGACCUCAUCCAGUGAUCUGCUCCACAAGAUGAAAAGAGAGAGACCAGAUGAUGAAGAGAGAGGCGUCAGUUAUCAACUCAACUCUAAAGUGGUGACGGCCGUCAUCAGUAAUGCAGAAACCAAGCAGCUGUCAGAGCCGGUGACGCUCGUCUUUACACACGAGGAGGAGAGGGCGGAGUCUGGGGGCGUGGCUUACUUCUGUGUGUACUGGGAUGAUGCUGAGGGGGUGUGGUCUGGGCGGGGCUGUGAGGGGGCGUGGUCUAACAGCACUCAUACAGCCUGCUCCUGCUCUCAUCUCAGUAGUUUCGCUGUGCUCAUGGCUCUCUAUCCUCUCCAGGACACGUUUGAGUUGGUGAUGAUCACUCGUGUGGGUUUAGUUCUGUCUCUGGUCUGUUUGUUUCUCUGUAUCCUGACGUUCAAUUUCUGCCGCUCCAUCCAAGGAACCCGAACCAGCAUUCAUCUCCAUCUGAGCAUCUCUCUCUUCAUCGCAGACUUCGUCUUCCUCUGUGGGAUCUCCAGCACUCACAAUCAGGUAGCGUGUGGGAUUGUGGCCGGUCUGCUUCAUGUCUUCUUCUUGUCUGCGUUCUGCUGGAUGCUGCUGGAGGGGGUUCAGCUCUACCGGAUGGUUGUGCUGGUGUUUCACACCACAUUAAAACACCUCUACAUGUAUCUGGUGGGAUACGGAGCCCCUCUCGUCAUCGUGAUCAUCUCUGCCAUCACCUUCCCAGCGGGAUACGGCACCAAACGACACUGUUGGCUCUCACUUGACCAAAAUUUCAUAUGGAGCUUCCUCGCACCUGUCUGCAUCAUCGUCAUCCUCAACAGCUUCGUCUUCAUCAUCACUGUUUGGAAACUGGCCGAAAAAUUUUCCAGCCUCAAUCCAGACCUCUCCAAACUCCGCACCAUCAAGGGGUUUACCGUGACCGCUGUGGCUCAGUUCUGUAUUCUUGGAGGGAUGUGGGUUUUCGGUUCCUUCCUCUUCUAUGAGAAAGUUACCCUAUUUGCGUUGUACCUCUUCACCAUCCUCAACAGCCUGCAGGGGGCGCUCAUCUUCAUCAUGCACUGCCUGCUGUCCAAACCGGUCAGAGAUGAGUAUUACAAGCUGAUAAGCAGGAUCUGCUCACUUAGGGAGAGGAGAUAUUCCGAAUUCAGCACCAAUCAUUCCAGCAACAGUCGGCAACCUCUACGAAGCAAUCCGACAUCAGGAGAGUCCAAGAUCUAGAGCGGGUCAGUCCUGGAGGAUCUUCAAAGAUUUCUCUCAGAGCUUUCAUUCUGCAGCACAUGGGGCUCCUUUCCAUUGAGAAGAUCUUAAACUGCUUUCUUUCUGCCUAUUAAGCAAGAAUAUUUCAGGUGUGGGGCUCGUCAGAUGACCUAUGCGUCACUAGAGGCGGAUGCGAAAUUAUUAAAACAUGCAGCUCAGUUUUCUUCCCCUAAUGGCCCUUGGAGACACUUUAACUGUUUUUGUCGUGCCUUUAGUGAAGAACAUCUUGCAUGCAAA